AUGGCUGACGCACGGAUGGUCCGACCUGUGGCGGAGUUUGACCUCAGCUCGGCCGUCGCUGCCAGCAGCCUCGUGUCGCCGCUCUCGUUGGCGCAGCAGCAGCGAUUGGCCUUUGCGCCGUCGCUCGACGGCGUCACCGCCCAUCCGACCUGCGAGUCUUCUGCUCUCACGCACCUCACUCGCCGCGCGCGGAUUGUGCGCCGCGCCAAGCAAGACACAUGCUCAUGCAAACAGUGCGAGAACUUGGUUGCGCCGCUUAGUGGCGGCGCUGCUUUAGAGGAAGCGGCAGCGUGGGAAGCAAAGCAGAUGGAGAAUGCGCGGCAUGCCAAGGAGCCGCUGCCGGCGGAGGUUGAGCGGCUAAGUGCAGCAAGGGCCAAGGGCAAGAAGGGCAAGAAGAAGACGAAGAAUGUGGGCGUGGGCGAUACGGGCGCCGCUGGGCUCAACGAGGAGAUGCUGUCCUGCAGUUAG